ACAAGUAGUGUUAUAACGGUAAAGCUAUUGUCCCUCUCGCCAAAAGAAGAUUCCACAUUUGGUUCUGGACCACAAGAGGCAGGUUUUGAUUGAUACAAACGAGGGCCACCCAAGCCGAAAGUGAUCAUGGAUCUCCAUAACACAACAUACACAUCUAUCCAAGCCAACUGCACUGUGGACACCAGCUACCGUUUCACCUACUACAAGAUCUCCUACAGCGUAAUCUUCAUAUUCGGUGUAGUCAGCAAUGCCACAGCGCUACGGCAUUUCUGCCGCAUGCCUCGAACGUUCACCAGCACCGCCGUCUACAUGGCCAACCUGGCUGCUGCGGACAUCUUCUUUGUGAUCUCCCUCCCCCUGCGCAUCUAUUAUUACCACAACAAAGCCGGCACCUCCAACCGCACCAGCGACUGGUCUCCAGGGGUUACUUUCUGUCAGAUGACCUUCACGUUGAAGUACAUCAGUCUAUAUGGAGGAAUCUUCUUCCUGGUUUGUAUUGGAGUAGACCGCUACUUUGCUGUGGUUAACCCUCUACUUCAGCACCUGAGGAAGGUCCGUACUGCCCGCAUGCUCAGCGCCGGGAUCUGGUGCCUGGUCCUAGCCCUCAGCCUCGCUCUACCAUUCCUGCAUUCGGCGGCAUCCCGACGGCACAAGUCGUGCCUUAUGGAUCCUUCUUCCAAACGCCACAGUACUAUUAUUUUAGCUGCUCUCAGCCUGGUGCAAAUGGCCUACUUGCUGCCCGCACUGCUCCUGCUGUUCAGCUACUGCAGCAUACUCCGUGUACUCCGCAGGCUGCCUCACCGCAGGAAGAUCCGGCACCGACGCACACUCACCGUCAUCUACUGGGUCCUGGUGGUCUUUUUCCUUUGCUUCACCCCUUACCACCUCAAUCUACUGGGUUACACUCUCACACAGGUGGGCAUUGUGCACAGCUGUGGACUUGCUCAAGUCACUAAAGCUCUCCAUCCCAUAGUGCUCUCGCUGGCCAGCACCAAUUGCUGCUUAAACCCCCUCAUUUACUACUUUUCCAGCAGCCUGGUGCACAAAGAGCCAACCGGCAGUAGAGGAAGUGCUAGUCAAUGAGCUAAAAUAAGCUGAAUGCUUGCUAAACAGAUAAUUCAGUGACUGAAUGGAUGAAACAAUCAACAUGAAUGGCAGCAGACAGUUACUCACCGCUCUC